ACAAUAUAUUUCAUAUGGGACAAUAUUUUUCAUGGGAAGGCUUCGCACAGCUGGGCAUGCUACUGACAAAUGUGGAAAGGACGUGUCUGCUUCUGAUGGUGAUUCAAGUUUUGCUCAAUGAUAAGCGCGUCGAUGCUGAGACCUUCACUCUGGGGUACAUCACCGGUUCGAAACGACGAAGAGAGGAUUUUGAAUAUUCCCGACCCGGUUUCCGAAUAUCUGGCGCCAUCACUCUCGCCGUCGAGGAGGUGAACGCUGGUGAGCUUGGUAGACGAGGGCAUAAGUUGGACUUUCUCGUUGCCGAAACUUUUGGCGAGGAGGAACUCAGCAUAUUGAUGACGGCGGAUCUAUGGAGGAAAAACGUUAGCGCAUACGUCGGUCCGCAGGAGACUUGCAUACACGAAGGCAGAAUGGCGGCCGCAUUCAACAUCCCCAUGAUAUCAUACUUUUGUACGCAUAACGAAACGUCGAAUAAGAAGGAAUUUUCGACGUUCGUGAGAACGAGACCUCCCGAUACACAGAUCUCAAAAUCCGUCGUUUCGGUGCUGUUGGCCUUCAAUUGGACUAAAGUAACUUUUAUGUACAUGAAUUCAACGAUGUUUGAGUUCAAUAAAAUGUCCACGGUCGCAACAACCAUCCUAAAGUCUUUCGAAGCGGCUGGAAUUACUGUGAAUUAUUGUCGCGCGUGGAAUGAACCUUAUCAUGUCACGCACAUGAAAAAUCCUUUUCAUGAGCAUGUUAAAGACACGUAUCGGGACACGCGAAUUUACGUAAUUCUUGGUCAUUAUUAUGAACAUAUGGGUCUCUUGAUGGCUCUGGAUGAAAUGAACCUCUUGGAAAAAGGCGAAUAUUGGGUGGUCGGCGUUGACAUCGAACAAUACGAUGAGAAACGUCCGGACAAGUAUCUUCGUGGAUUGUGGCAAAAGGAGACGGACCUGUCAAUCGUGAACGCGUACCGCAGUUACUUCAGCAUAGUUGCAUCCGCUCCGAUCAACAUCAUGAAUUUCACUAAACUCAUCAACGAAUACAGACAGAAGCCGCCAUUCAAUUUUACAAACCCGUUAGCCAACAUUGGAGGAGUAGUUCAGAUUGUGCCGGAGACAGCCUAUUUGUACGAUGCGGUGCACCUUUACGAGAGAUCGCUGUUGGCUGCCCUCGACGAGAAGCGGGACCCCCGAAACGGCCGGGAGAUGGUGUCGGCAUUACACGGGGUUCAUUAUCGAAGCGCAAUGGGGUACAUGGUAUACAUGGAUGAGAAUGGCGAUGCUGAGGGCAAUUACACAUUGAUCGCGUUGAACAAUCAAUCCUCGAGAGGCUAUGGACUUUAUCCAAUUGGAUAUUUCGUUGGAAAAGAGCAAGGAACAAACUUGCCCAAACUUCGAUUAACUAAGAAGAUAUCGUGGAUAGGAGAUGGACCACCGGUUGCAGAACCUUAUUGCGGAUACCAUGGUGAAAAAUGCAAUUCUCAUACCGGCGAAAUUGUUGGAGGCAUCGCCGGCGCGUUGCUACUUAUUAUCGCAGCAGUCGCUUUGAUUCUUUAUAGAAAUUGGAAAUAUGAACAAGAGUUAGACAGUUUACUGUGGAAAGUCAACUACAAAGACAUCCAGAUCAAGGAGCAAAAGGAUGAAGCAGCCAACGAGACGCCCGCCAAAUGCAAUUCUAAGUCAUCAACGAUAGUGCGAACUAGUCAAGUUUCACUAAGUUCUAAUCCAGAGGACUUUCGAUAUUCUACAAUAUAUACGCAAAUUGGCACAUACAAAGGGCGAAUUUUUGCUAUUAAAAAAAUCAGGAAGAAAUCGAUUGAGAUCACGCGAGAAAUGAAAAAAGAACUGAAAAUGAUUCGCGAUUUAAGACAUGAUAACUUGAAUUCGUUUAUUGGUGCAUGCACCGAUCCGCCUAAUAUAUGCGUCAUCGUCGAAUAUUGUGCACGUGGUAGUCUUAAGGAUAUACUGGAGAACGAAGACAUAAAACUCGACAAUAUGUUUAUGGCGUCUCUCGUCGGAGAUAUUAUUAGAGGAAUGAUUUAUCUUCACGAGUCAGUCAUAAAAUACCAUGGAUCGCUCAGCACAUCAAACUGUCUCGUGGAUUCGCGUUGGGUCGUAAAACUGGCAGAUUUCGGCCUCCACGAAUUCAAGCGAGAUGCGGAAUGCGAUCCCUCUGACGUCAUAAAGAAAUAUCAUGGAUUAUUAUAUAAAGCGCCUGAAUUAUUACGAUCUACUCGUCUCGGGGAGCCAACUGCUCGUGAUUUCCAAAGAGGGGACGUAUAUUCGUUCGCUAUAGUUUUGUACGAACUUCAGGGACGACAUGGGCCAUUCGGUAUUACAGAAUUAUCAGCAGCUGAAAUAUUGAAGAAAGUAAUUGCAAGAGAUUCUGGAAUAUCAUCGUUUAGGUCGAAUAUUUUCGACAAUAUGAUGGCGAUGAUGGAAAAAUAUGCGAACAAUCUUGAAGCACUUGUUGAUGAGCGAACAGAUCAAUUGACUGAAGAAAAAAAGAAAACAGACGCAUUGUUGCACGAAAUGUUACCGCGUUAUGUAGCCGAACAACUGAAAAAAGGACAUAAAGUAGAAGCUGAAAGUUUUGACUGUGUCACCAUUUAUUUCAGCGACAUUGUUGGUUUCACAUCUAUGUCUGCGGAAAGCACGCCAUUGCAAGUUGUUGAUUUUCUGAACGAUCUCUACACAUGCUUCGACUCGACCAUCGAAAAUUAUGACGUUUACAAAGUAGAAACCAUCGGGGACGCUUACAUGGUGGUAAGUGGACUGCCGAUAAGAAAUGGUAUUCAGCAUGCUGGUGAAAUAGCGAGUAUGUCAUUGUGCCUAUUAGACGCCAUCAAGCAGUUCACCAUUCGUCACAGGCCGCUUGACAAAUUGCAACUCCGCAUAGGAAUACAUUCCGGUCCAGUAUGUGCUGGCGUGGUCGGACUAAAAAUGCCACGAUACUGUUUAUUCGGCGAUACAGUUAACACCGCUUCGCGUAUGGAGUCUACGGGAUUACCGCUGAAAAUUCACUGUAGCAGCGAGACGAAGCAGCUGCUGGACCAACUGGGAGGAUUUAGCCUCGUCGAGCGCGGGGUGGUUUCCAUGAAGGGCAAGGGCGAGCGUUUGACGUAUUGGCUGAUCGGAGAGGAUCCGAUAUUACGCGGCAAGCGGAACAAGGAAAGAGCGAGCAAGCGAAACGGCGACGGCAAGAAAAACAGCACGGUGGACUCUUUGGUUCCUCGAAGUUCCCUGAAGAACAAGUCUCUCGUCAGAUCGACUUUCAUGAGGUGUUCCAGCGAGUCCCCGAAGCGCCUGCGAUUCGCCAGCUCGGAUCAUCUCGAUCAAAAGGGCUCCAGAGUGAGCCAGCUGGAGUCGAUAGUCGACAACAGUCCGUGCAAGAUGAAGAUCUCGUGCGCGUUGCGAUCAUCCUGCAUGGAGAGCUGGCGAUCCUCCAGCAACUCGUGUCCCUGCGUCGAGAAGCUCUGCGAUCAGGAAACUCAACCGAAACUCAACCUGACACCAAUGUCGCCGGACAUCAAGAACGUGCCGCUGCUGCGAACCAAUCUGAUCUUUGGCAACGAGUCGUGCCUUCUGCGACCUGGAACCAAGAGCUUCCGUUUUGGCACACCCGGGAUACUUCAGAUCACCUGUAGAUCGGCACCCAGCAGUCCCAAGCACAGCACGGUGAUGCUAAACGCUCAAAAAAGAGCGGUGCAGUCGAAUGAAGAGAUCGAUGGAUGGGACGCGAUGACGCCAUUAAUUUAUUAUCCGGGUGGUUGUUUGGAUUCAAAGAGUUAAGUCACGGAUAUAUAAAUGAUAUCGAGAAGUAGCAAAAUUUAUAAAGAUUAAUUCGUAUAAAAAAAUACGGCUAUCUCACGACAAUCAAAAAUCUUGCAAAUAAUGUACGCCAAAUUUUUUAUCUAAUCUGUAAUAAUCUGCCAAUCGUCACUUUGUGACAGUUAAUACAUUUUUAAUGAUAUUUCUCGCUUAUACACGACGUACCAAAGCGCACUGCACGUACAAACUUUACACACAGAUAUCAACGUAUUAUUUAUAGCUAAUGCAGAGACAAUGACAUAUCUCUUUCUUUCCCUUCCAACGCGUAACGACAAUAUAUUCCUUACGUUAGCGUAGACAAUCGUGAAAGGCUCGUGCUUCUUAAAUAAAUAUCUAGUCAAUAUUACUUUAAGUAUCAUAUUUGUCUCUGAGCAUUUUCAUAGAACUGCCAAACGAUAUAUUAAAAAAAAUUGAUUCUUCUAGUGUUACAUACGAAUAUCUAUCAAUAUUUAUCCCAUCAUUGAUGAUCAAGGAAAUAAAAGUAUUAUUAUUAUUUCUAAAUAUUUUUGAGAAUCAUAAUCUAUCUUAGUGAAUGUUACAUUUUCUCUUAAUAAACACUACAUUAUUUCUUUCAGAAAAA